AUGCUCAGCAACAGAGAUAGCACCGCCCUUCAGAAAACCUAUGAUUCAAGUUACCUCAGUUGUUCAACGGCUGUGUAUUAUGAAGGCCAGGGCGAUGAGAGCGAGGCUACUCGACAUUGGAAGGCCGCACUUCGACGCAUAAAUGAAUACUACGCGUCGACAAGCGCACCAAGAGUCGCCGGGACAUACACCGAUACGGAUGCUGCCUUGAUAGACGCGGUGAAAGAGCUGGAGCUACAAUGCAAAGAAAGAAUUGACCUCUUGGAAGCGCUGAAGCUGUCCCGGCAAGAGGGCGUUGCUUCGACGUAUCGUGACAAUACCGCACAAGCCACUGGCAGCUCCAGCCAGGUAUCGGGGACCAUAGGGCAAGGCUCUAUCCCUGCGGUAACAUAUUCCGAACUUUCACGUCCUUCGUUCUCGACGAGGAAUUCACUUGAGGCAAUGACGUCAUCUGAAGAAGCGAUUAGGAGGAUCCAUAGCACCCCUGCCGAUUCAACUCAACGAGUUGCCUACUCGCUUCCCACUUCGAGAACCCCAGAUUUGCCUGACAUGCGAAGCGACAAGGCGGCCCGGGCUCCAAGCCCCGAGAAGCGCACUAUGAGGACUACACUGCGAUCCAAGAAGACCAGUGAUCGAUCAUCUACUCCUCGUAAAUUGAACAGGCCUGCAGCGGACGGGCCAAGCAAGGCCGCGACCAUUGCGUGGAGCACUUCCGGAUCUCGAGACAACUUCUUAAAUCCCUUCUCUACUGAAGGACGGCCAUCAAAAUCAAGCCCUACUCCGCGUCAGUCCCUGGAUCGCAACACCCCCGGUUCGCAGAAAUCAACGAUAUCAUAUGACUCAAGGUCUCAGCGUACAUCGCCUCAAAAAUGGAACAUGGUUCCUUUGUCUGAUGAAUCUCGUCUUCCACAACCUUCAGUUCUGUCUAUUAGCGCAGCGUCAAGUGCUCUGACAUCUUCGUCCAGCCAAGAAGCCUCCGCGUCAUUUCAAACUCCAAGUAAACCAGAGCAAUAUGCAACCCCCCGAAAGCCCCCUGUCUUUGAAGACGUGUCAGUUCAAAGUAAGAGACCAAGUGCUAAGGCUGGCACUCCGGAAAUGUCUGGAGGACAAAGGGAAUCCAGUACCUCCAGGAGUAAGAGGAUAGUUAUGGACAGUCCGCUUUUAUACAAAUACGACACAGAACGAGGGGAUCGUCGCUCAAGUGAAGAGGCUGCCGAGGGUACAGCAUGGGGAGCUAAAAACGAUAAAACACCAAAGAAAAUGACAAAGGCAGCCAUUCUCAAGAAUCUGCCGCCUGGGAUAGACGAGAGCGCUGCGAAGCAAAUCUUUAACGAUAUUGUUGUACAAGGAGACGAAGUUCACUGGAGCGAUAUUGCGGGCCUGGAGGUUGCGAAGAAUUCUUUGCGGGAGACUGUAGUAUAUCCAUUCCUACGCCCCGACCUGUUUAUGGGCCUACGCGAGCCGGCUCGCGGAAUGCUCCUAUUUGGACCGCCGGGAACUGGAAAGACGAUGCUGGCUCGCGCAGUAGCGACAGAAUCCAAAUCCACCUUCUUCUCCAUAUCUGCCAGCAGUCUAACAAGCAAAUAUCUGGGAGAAUCAGAGAAACUAGUGAGAGCGCUCUUCGGUCUCGCUAAAGCGCUUGCUCCUAGUAUCAUAUUCGUCGAUGAAAUCGAUUCACUGCUAUCUCAUCGAUCGGAUGCUGGCGAGCAUGAGGCGACUAGGAGGAUCAAGACCGAAUUCCUCAUUCAGUGGAGUGAGCUCCAACGAGCGGCAGCCGGCCGAGAGGCGGAUAGCAAAAUGAGCACGCGGAAUGAUGCCCAAAGAGUCUUGGUAUUGGCCGCAACGAAUUUACCAUGGGCAAUUGAUGAGGCCGCUCGGCGACGAUUUGUGCGCCGACAGUAUAUUCCAUUACCGGAGCCCAAGACGCGGGAGACACAACUGAGAACAUUACUACGACAACAAAACCACAGCCUGUCAGACGAAGAUGUAGAGCAACUUGUACAAUUAACGACUGGAUUUUCGGGAUCCGACAUUACGGCUCUUGCCAAAGAUGCAGCCAUGGGGCCACUUAGGUCUCUAGGCGAGGCCCUUUUGUAUAUGACAAAGGAGCAAAUCCGGCCCAUGGAUCUCUCAGAUUUUGAGCAAAGCUUAAAAUCUAUUCGGCCGAGCGUAGACCAACAAGGUCUACGAGAGUACGAAGAAUGGGCUGAGAAGUUCGGCGAGCGUGGCGGUUAA